GGGCUCGCUGCCGGCGAAGCGCAUUUAACCAUCAUCCCGGGGGUGAAGGGGAACUGGGAAAGUAACUCGGAAAAGUGAGUGGGUUUCUAAUUUUUUUUUCUCCAUCCUUUCUUUUUCCUCUUAAUCCGAAAGGACCCGUUUAAAAGGAAAGCAAAAGCCGCCGUGUGCGCCCGCUGCCGGGAGAGAGACGGGGGAGGAGGGCACCGCGCACGGGCACCCUGCCUGUGCUGGGCGAGGGUGCGGGGUCCUGCGCUCGGUUCUCCCCCAACAUGACCGUGUACCAAAGCAGCUACACAUAGUAAACAGAUUCAUCAUGCGACAAAGCGCAGGAAGGUGAGACACAAGAAGAAACAGAAACUAACACUGAAAGGAAGAGGGGGGAAGAAGACAGCGACUGCGAAUUACUUCCAGAUAAAGUGGGUGGAUGUUGUGCAGCAGCGACUUGGGAUUUUAGGGGAUGCACCCUUAUAUUUUGCUUCUCUCUAGUCCGAGCCUCCCUUCUCCGGUGACAGAAAGCGGCCGUACUUGGUGGUAGGCAAACAGGAGGCAGAAUAAACAGGAGGGGUUCUUUCAGCAGCGCUGGCGAUGCCCUCCUGAUCUGCUGUAAGGAUAUUUUUUUUUUCCCUCUUGGUGGAUGUUGAUUCUUGACCUCGAUUUUGAGACCUUUUAGUUGCAUCGUGGUUGUUGUGGGUUUAUUUCUUUUGGCGAGGAGUGGAAAGGGGGAGGCUGGCUUCGGUGCUGAAAGUUGCAGUCAUUAUUUUGGAGCCAGCAUGUGCACCAACAUAGUCUACGAGUGGCUGAAGACCCUGCAGCUCCCCCAGUACGCGGAGUCCUUCGUCGACAAUGGCUACGACGACCUGGAGGUCUGCAAGCAGAUCGGGGACCCCGACCUGGAUGCCAUCGGCGUCGCCGUGCCCCACCACCGGCGCCGGAUCCACGAAGCCGUGCGGCGGCUGAAGGAGGCGGACGAGACGGCGGCGGGGCUGUACUUCACCCUGGAGCCGCAGCCGCCGCCGCCGCCGCCCCCGCGGCCGGCGCCCCCCACGGCCGGGCGCUGCCCCCGGCGGGCGGUGGGGCAGGAUGAGGCCCGGCGGGGGGCGGCCCCCCGGCACCGCCCCGGCGGGCGGCGGGGGGCAGCCGGCGGCGGGGGGCUGGCCGCCUACCCCCGGCUGAAGCUGAAGAUCAUGAUCCGGGACAAGCUCAUCCGCGACGGCAUCAACCUGAGCAAACCCCCCUACUCCAACCAGGAUGGGUCACUGGGAAAUAUUGAUGACCUGGCACAGCAGUAUGCAGACUACUAUAACACCUGCUUCACGGAUGUGUGUGAGAGGAUGGAAGAGCUGCGCAAGCGGAGGGUUUCCCAAGACCUUGAUAUGGAGAAACCUGAUGCCAGCCCCACAUCUCUACAGCUGCGAUCCCAGAUUGAGGAGUCACUUGGUCUAAGCAGCACCACAUCAACACCCGACACUGAAAGAAAACUCUCCAUUCAUAAAUCCAGUUCGGAAGAAGGCUCUGUAGGGAAAGCAGACUGGAAAAAGAAAAAUAAGUUUUUUUGGCAGAAUUUCCGAAAGAACCAGAAAAGUCUAAUGAGGCAGACUUCAAAAGCAGGAGAGGAUGUAGGGUACGUGGCCAGCGAGAUCACGAUGAGUGAUGAGGAGCGGAUCCAGCUGAUGAUGAUGGUCAAAGAGAAGAUGAUCACCAUUGAGGAAGCACUUGCUAGGCUGAAGGAAUAUGAAGCCCAGCACAGGCAGUCAAGCACUGUAGAUGCUACAGAAUGGCCUGAUGCUUCUUACUCAACAUUUGAUGGGUCUUCCAAUUGUAAUUCAAGAGAACAAUCUGAUGAUGAAACAGAAGAGUCGGUGAAGUUUAAGAGGUUGCACAAGCUGGUGAAUUCUACUCGCAGAGUCAGGAAGAAACUCAUAAGAGUGGAAGAAAUGAAAAAACCCAGCACAGAAGGUGUGGAAGAGCACUCACUUGACAACUCUCCUAUACUGGAUGACAGAUCGGCACUUUACUCUGGAGUUCACAAGAAGCAAUUCUACUUCGACAGCUCCUGCGAAAAGCAGCCAGAGGACGACUUGGAGUCACUUACUACUUCCCCCUCAUCCAGCAGUCUUGAUACGUGGGGAGCCAACCGGAAGCUGGUGAAGACCUUCAGCAAGACUGAUAGCCGUGGCCUUAUCAAGCCUCCCAAGAAACUCGGGACAUUUUUCUCUUACCCAGAAGAGGAGAAGACUCAGAAAGUUUGCCGCUCCUUGACAGAUGGGGAAAUGAAGAAGAGCCUCGGCUCGCUGAGCCAUGGGAGAACCUGUAGCUUUGGAGGAUUUGACUUGACAAAUCGUUCCCUUCAUAUUGGAAACAGUUCUGACCAAAUGGGCAAAGAAGGAGACUUUGUUUAUAAAGAAGUGAUCAAAUCGCCCUCUGCCUCCCGUAUAUCUCUGGGCAAAAAGGUGAAGUCUGUAAAAGAAACCAUGAAGAAAAGGAUGUCUAAAAAAUACAGCAGCUCUCUGUCUGAGCAGGAGUCCAGCCCUGGGAUCAUGCCGGGUUCUCCACAGUCGCCGCCACCAGACACUGACUCCCUGGACAAACCCAAGCUGAAAGCUGGUGGCUCAGUAGAGAGCCUGAGGAGUUCCUUAAGUGGUCAGAGCUCAAUGAGUGGUCAGACCGUAAGCACAACAGAUUCCUCAACCAGCAACAGGGAGAGCGUUAAAUCAGAAGACGGUGAUGAUGAAGAGCCUCCUUACAGAGGACCUUUUUGUGGAAGAGCCAGGGUUCACACUGAUUUUACUCCAAGUCCUUAUGAUACGGACUCUCUGAAGCUCAAGAAAGGUGACAUCAUUGAUAUAAUCAGCAAACCCCCCAUGGGCACUUGGAUGGGCCUGUUGAACAACAAAGUUGGCACUUUCAAAUUUAUCUAUGUGGAUGUGUUAAAUGAAGAGGAAGAGAAGCCGAAGCGGCCUACCAGGAGACGCCGGAAAAGCAGACCACCUCAGCCCAAGUCAGUUGAGGAUCUCUUGGAUCGCAUCAACUUAAAGGAGCACAUGCCCACUUUUCUGUUCAAUGGUUAUGAAGAUCUGGAUACCUUUAAGCUUCUAGAAGAAGAAGAUUUAGAUGAACUGAACAUCCGAGAUCCUGAACACAGAGCAGUUCUCCUCACAGCAGUGGAACUUCUACAGGAGUAUGACAGUAACAGCGACCAGUCAGGAUCUCAGGAGAAACUUCUCAUUGAAGGCCAAGGCCUAACCGGAUGCUCUCCUCGGGAUUCUGGCUGCUACGAAAGCAGUGAAAACCUGGAGAAUGGUAAAACUCGAAGGACCUGUCUUCUGCCCUCAAAGUCGGCCAGUGAGCAUAGCUUUAAGGACUUCAGCAGAAACCAGCUAUCAAAUUAUCCUACACUUCCACUGACCAAGCCAAUAGAAACUCUACAGCAAGGGGAAAAAGAAAGCCGGUUCAGCUGCACGCAUCGUGCUCUGAAGAGCUCUGUCCAGCCUCCAGCUGUUACGGGUCUGAAGAAGAACCGUAGAAGUUUACCGGUUGCUGUCUGUCGGAGCUAUGAAACUCUGGAUGGCCCCCAGGGUGUAGAUACCUGGCCAAGAUCUCACUCGCUGGAUGAUCUCCAGGGAGAAUCCAAUACUAACCUACAGGAUGUUAGCAAGGAAGUGGGUUCUUUUCCUCAGGAUUCACUGGAUAUAGCGAAAAAGGCACCCGGCUCUGCACUGCUGCCCCAGUCUCAUGGAAGCAGCUGUACGGUAGAUGACUUGAUGGCUAAACAGGGUAAAGGAGCUGCUACUUCUCAGAAGGGAAGAGCAAAGGAAUUGGACUGCUCUGUAAGGGAGACUGCAGGUGGAAAGCCUGCUCCGUUCCCCCCGAAAUACUGUGAAGCUCAGCCUGCCUUAGUGACACAUCCUGCAACAAGGACGCCUCUGGAAAUACAGAGUAAAGGUUUUCAUGACCUUGCACGGGCUGAUUAUGCUCCAGUCCUCAAGGGAGGUCUAGAAGCUGAGCAAAAAGGCACAAAUGAGGCAAGAAUGCAACCAAAAAAUCCUUCUCAGCCACCACCUGUCCCUGCCAAAAAAUGCCGAGAACGCCUUUCUAAUGGGUUAUAUCAUCCUCCCACGACCACAAGUGGGAACUACUCAAGCCUAGAAGCACCAUGUUUGCCAGUAAAAAAGGCCACUUCAUCCACUCCCAUUGAUUGUCACGCAGUACCUGCCCAUAGGACAUCUUCUGAACAGGAGCCCAGUACGCCUCCUAGCCCACUGCCGCCCUGGCUGUCAGAGCUCCCAGAGACUGCUAGUGUUCAGCAGCAUGUGAUAAAGCUAGGUCCUGCUUCGGCAAGAAAAGUCUCUUGUAGCAGAGGAAUGGAUCUGGAAAUGGUAAUAGAAAACAAGUUGCAGUCUGAAGACAUUGAUCUUACUGAAGAACCAUACUCUGACAAGCAUGGUCGCUGUGGCAUUCCUGAGGCUUUGGUACAGAGGUACGCUGAAGACUUGGACCAGCCUGAAAAGGAUGUUGCCACAAACAUGGACCAAAUCCGGGUAAAGCAACUGAGGAAGCAGCAUCGCAUGGCAAUUCCAAGUGGAGGGCUCACUGAAAUUUGCCGAAAACCUGUAUCCCCAGGACUUAUCACCUCUGUAUCUGACUGGCUGAUUUCCAUUGGUCUACCUAUGUAUUCCAGCCUGCUCACAGAAGCAGGAUUCAACACACUGAGCAAAGUGCCUUCUCUGUCACAAACUUGCCUUCAAGAAGCUGGCAUCACAGAGGAAAGGCACAUAAGCAAGCUCCUGGCAGCGGCAAGACUCUUCAAACCUCUUGAUCCAGAGGCAAUUUAAUGUGCUCCAUAAUGUAGCAUUGCCUGAUCGAGAAUCCAUUGCUUCUUCCUGCACCAAUAUUGGUCUAAUUACUUCACAUAGCUAAAGGGAUCAAGGAAGUGGCUCCCAAGGACAGGCAGGUAUCUUCUUCAAAGGAUAUGAAAUGUUUCUAUUGCUGUCUUUGGCAACUGAAGAAGAGAAGCAACCACCAGGUAACACAGAUGUGGUACUUCCCUCCCCCUUCACUCCCACAGAAUAUUCUUAUUUCAUAAAGUGCAUGGGGUUGGCCUGAGAAUCAGACAGCUUCACAGAAUUAAGGGACCCUUGCACAUUUUCCUCAAGUUUGUGAAAGUAAUACUACUAAUAAGCCCUGUUUCUAUGGAGAACUCUUUAGGUCGGGGGUUUUAUGUACAUCUAAGUUCCAGGUACCUGGAGACAGUCCUAAAGACCAGGCACAAGCCAAGGUGCAAAUUCCAGUAGAAGCUGUUUGGCAAAUGCCUUUAGUUUACUUUAGCAGUCUAGACCUAAACACAACCCCCUUCCCAGUCAUCUUCGCUGUUGCCUCGUAUAGGUUCCAAUAUGCCACAAAGCCUUUAGCUAGGCCAAAGUUAAUGGACUGGAAUUAGUUUUCAGUAUGGUCCAUCUCUGUCACUCCAAUGCAACUAACCCACGGAGAGUUAGAGAGCUUCUUUUUAUUUGUACAGAGCUGAGGUCAUUUUUAUAACUGCUUCCUAGCAAUCAGCUUUUUAUUUGCCUUAAAAUAAGCUUUUAAACAGUUACCUAGUGUUCACUUAUCUGUAUUCAUGUUUCCCAAAUCUUCUUUCAACUUGUCACCCUCAAGCUGCACUUAGGGUGAUUUCCGGUUGAAGUAGCUUCUAUAAAAUGCCUCAUUAUAACACCUUCUGUGUUGUAUAGAUGCUUUUACAGAUGCAGGGUUAUGCUAGGUUUUGGUUGUCAGGCUAACUUUUGUUCACUACAGUCUGCAUUUACUGUUGUCACUAAACUGUUCCAAGAUAAACUGCCUUGUAUAUAUGUAACUGCUUUUCAUUUUAAUCAUAUUCUGUGUACUGUGUUAUAUUGUCAAUCAUUAUGCUGCAGCUUUGACUUGGUAUCCUGACCAUAUCAAUUCCAAACAGUGGGUUUCUGCAAAUGAAAACUCACUUGUGGGAGAUAAAAUGCAUCAAAAAAGCAAGUUGUGUCCCAUAGAAAUCAUCAGAUCCUGUAAUUCCAUUGCACAGAGGAAAAAAAUCCUAGUACUUCAUGAAUUACACUGUGAUUUUACAACAGUUGAUAUCACUCAUGACUGUCUUAAUGUUACCUCUCACGGGGAGAGAGCAUCGUUCUGGCAUAUGUGGUGAACCAUUUUUCCAUGAUGUAGUAUUUUCCUGCCUAAACCCAUGUUAAACGUUCCAUUCGCAUAUGUGGCUAAUGACAGAUCUUAUUUUUCUAUAUGGGUACACGUUUUAUAUACCAAAUACAGAUUAUGAUGAGUAGCACAUAACUAGCUUCUGCUUUGGGGUCAAUAUAUGGUGUGUCCUUCAGCUUCUUGUAGAGCAAACGCUCCGUGGAAGACAAAGCAAGCUUCCUCUGGCAGGUAAAGGGAGAGAGUAAAGAAAUCUGGGCACAGGCCAGGAUGUGUGGCUGUUUCCAGUACCAGUUCUGACAUCAACUAACUGUAAAAAAACAGACAAGGCACUUCACUGUGUGGUGCCUCAGUUAUCACAGCCUCAUAUUGAGAUAAUGACACUUUUCCUGAUAAAAUGGUCUCACAUUGAUGAAUGAAAAAUUGUGGCUAUUCCAGGAUUCCUGACUACAUAUGGUCCUUUCAUGAUCAUGUUUUAAGUCAGAUGAACUAUGCAUUUUACUGCAGAUGAUAAUUAAUUUGGCUCCUGGUAGAAUUGAUAGGUGUUAGGUUUACUUUCCUCAUUUCAUAUUUCACCACUGUCUACUGCACACCAUCAUGUGAAGGCAACUAAUUCACUGGUGUAACUUGAAAUUGUUCUCAAAGCUCUUCUGGAUCUGUUUCUGUAAUGUUCUCCUGGGUAUGUGGAUAAUCAGCACGUUCUUAUGUGGCAGCAUCAGGAAAUAUACAGCAUAGGUGUUUUGCACAGCUGGUAAAAAUCUAAAAAAAAAAGUGUACAAAAAAUCAUGUCUUUUUAAUAAUGAUGAUUUGUCUGUUCUUGUUUGUAAGCCUCUCUGAGGCUUACAUGGUGACUAUCAGUAAGCAGGAGACGGAAAGAGUAUUGAGACUUCCUGGGAUUGCUGGCGGAGGCUAGAACUGAGUAGAAGUAAGUAGACAGCAGCUAUACUUGAGCAAGGGAAAAGUCCAAGCUGACUAUAUGCAACAAAAAAGGAAACAAAUUUCCUCAUGUGGCAGGGAAGGCAAGUCACAUAACAAAGUUCUCCCAUAUUAAUUACUUUCCCCUCUCUUAAUAACAGAAGGAGAAUUAUGGGAAUAAACUGUACCUGUGUGCCAAACGCUCUUUGUAAGGCUGUAAUUUUUAAACGAUUCUGUAGCCCAGGGAAGCCAAAUCACACCCAUCAGGACUAGAGUGAGCAGUUUGAGAUUGGUGUGUUUUAAUCGUUGCUUUGUUGUUCGUUUCAGGACUGUACUCUGUGGUCUUACUUGAGUUACAAUUUUAGUUUAUAUUUUAAUCUAAAAAAGCCUUAAGCUUCUCUCAGUGUUUGAGCUUCCCAGCUGCAGUUUCCCUAGCAGGUGAGCAUUGCAGUAUGGGAGCCAUAACCUCUUACAUCUUCUUGCAACCAUUCAGUGCUCUAAACAAAAGUUUGCUCAUUAACUCUUGGGAAGCACAGAAGAAACCUGCUGCUGGAUUCCUAACCUGCUCUGCUCAGGCUAACAAUGUUAAGUAUCUAUCCGUUGUACCAUUGUAAUUCAAACAGCUAUUUAAGAAUAGAAGCAGCAAGCCCAAAAUAUUACUGAAUGCCAUCAUAAUCAUAAGCUUCGAUCAAUAACCCGCUGUUACCACCCAGAUGGCAAGGUUGCUCGUAGUUGCCUGUGCUCUCUUACGAGCCUGGCUUUCAAUGCAAACUGGGAGCAUGAUCAGAAGCAUUAAACAUUGCGUUAUUCAAACAGGUCAUCAUCUCUAAGAGCAGCAACAGUGGUCGAUUCACCAAGUCACAGCUGUGCAGUUGUACUGUAUUAUUUUUAGAAUAAAUAAUACUUUUGGUCCAAGAUACUUUUAUCUUUAAUUGACACCCUCUGGGGAAUCAAAACUGUCAAGCAAGUUAUGUAACAACUAACAAAGGUGCACUUUCUGUAUAUGAAAUCAAUAUUUAAAUAACUUAUUUUUCUCCAUUUGCUGUUCUUAAAUGAUGUAAGUAGCUGUAAUAUACCAGUACUCAAUUUGUCCUGCAGUUUGCUUCAACCCAAGAAAGCUGUGUAUUGUAAAGAAAAAAAAAAAGAAAAAACAAAAUAUGAAUGUGUAAAGAUUAUUGUGCUGUUUCAUUUAGAAAAAAAAAAAAAAAAAGGUUGACAAAAGGGUUUUCCUGUGUAUCAAAACCUGUCUAUAAUUAUAUGUCAUACUGUUCAUAGAUAAAAAGUAAAUAAAUUUCCUUGGUCUCUCUUU